GAUCAAAUGCUCCACUGCACGAGGUCUCCUCCGCACGCCGCGCGACUGGAAAAUAACCGGCACGGCUCUAGUACACCAACCCCACUGGGUGCGAAUAUUUUCUCCUGGAGCCAUUGAUUUCAGAACAUGCUGUAAGUCACCCGGACGACUUUCGGCGAGAGAGAGAGAGGGAGAGGAAAGGAGGAGGAAGAAGAGGAGGAUAACAUCAAGUGUACAAUUGGCGAGAAACGGAUUCCAGGCGGGCCUCAUUAGCACUCAUAUCCGCGGUCAAUUGCUCGCGCACUGAUGCCAUCUCCCUCCGGGCGGCGAUUGCCCAUUCAGCGUCUUCAAGAAGCCGCUGGACAUGGAGGCCCAAUUCAUCUCGCAGUCGUCGGUUGUGAUCAAUUGCGCGUUGCGUCUCGGUCAAAUCCUGCACGAGGUCCGGAAGAAUAUCGGCGACGCGAUGAAGCGCCUCGCCAUGGGCUGCAUCUCCAGCAGGCUGAACAUCGCGCUCAGGCGCAAAAUGAGCACGGCGUUCAACAUGUUGAUGAUGGUGAUGCCGCGGAGCCUUGUGCAGCGGGGCACCGCCUCCGCCACGAGGCAUGGCGCUACGGCUCCAGGGGUCGUUGCCGUCCAACCAGGGGUCUUCUACAGCAGCAUGCUCAACUUCAGAGAGCCGACGACUACCAAGACGGCCGCCGUGCUCAUCAUCAAGUCCACUCGGCUCUCCACCACCUCCGACACUGUCAUCAUAUUCGCCGGCAGGAGCAGCCCGAGGUGCAGAAGACGACACCCAGAAGGCCACCUCCGAAAGGCCGUCGGAGUGCUUGUACCCACGGUCCAUUACAAUGUGGGUCUGGAUCGUACUGCGAAGCACCGCAAGAUGAUGACGCAAUUGCACCUUCAAUAUGUCACUAGCGGCGCCGUCCUGCGCCGAGCGGAGCACGAAUUUAUACUUCUUCUUGUCUGCAGCAACAGCGGGGCUAAGAACGACGUGGAUCUUGCGCCCGUACUCCAGCUGCCGAGCGAACCAAUCCAGCCGCGCGAGCACAGGCAUGGCAGGAGCAGGAGGGAGAGGGGGGGGGGACUCACGUGAAAGGUUAAAGCUGCGGCCCUGCAAAUGCUUAAGCAAACAGC